AGUUCCUGACCCGGAAGUACGUCACACCGUCCCGUACAGGGCAGGGAGGAGAAGGAGGACACUACAACCAGCCCGCACAUGAAGUCCCAACAGCGACGGGCACGCACAGACGGACCGGCACGGUCCUAUACAUGCGGUAACAGAAGUUCACAGGCUCUCAGGCGGUGCUGAGUUGUAGGAGAGGUCCGGGAAAAUGAGGUUGUCGUGCCGGAGGCUGGCCCUCGGGCUGAGCGCGGGCGCAUUUCUGUGUUUGUGGCUGUUCCUGACGGGGUUUCAGCAGGACCUGGCGGCGGGGAGGAUCGCAACUCAAGGGGACGGGUCUUCCGGCAACGAGCGAUGGGCGUUAGGGAAACAUCCUCGGAAGAUCUCCAGUGUCGGCAGGUCCGUGGAAGACGACGACCGAGACAGUGACAUCAGAAAGACGUCCAGGACUCAGUCGAAACACAGUAGACCCGGGAACAGAAGCCCUUCGUCAGGGCAGAACACAGUGUCCGUACCUGACCGCAUGAGGAAGACCGAGCUCCAUGACAUUUUCAUCGGUGUAAAAACAACAGAGAAGUACCACAGACACAGAAUGGACCUUCUUAUGGACACAUGGGUGUCUCUUGCCAAGGAUCAGACCUUUGUCUUCACUGAUUCUGAUGACGAACAGCUAAGAAGCAGACUAGGUGACCACCUGAUCAACACCAACUGUUCCAGCUCGCACAUGAGGCAAGCACUGUGCUGUAAGAUGGCUGUGGAGUAUGACAUGUUCCUGCAACAAGAAAAAAGGUGGUUCUGCCAUGUGGACGAUGACAACUACCUGAACGUGCAUGAGCUGGUGAAACUGCUGAACCAGUACAAGCACACAGACGACAUCUAUCUCGGCAGGCCCAGCAUAAACCACCCCAUGGAGACGUAUGAUAGGCAUGAAAACAUGCAGAAAGUGAACUUCUGGUUUGCCACUGGUGGUGCAGGCUUCUGCAUCAGCAAAGGACUGGCCUUAAAAAUGAUUCCUUAUGCAAGUGGUGGGAAAUUCAUGAGUUCCUGUGAGAGAAUACGACUCCCUGAUGACUGCACGCUGGGCUUCAUCAUCGAGAGGUUACUGAGGGUCAAGCUGGUGCAGAUCCAACAGUUCCACUCUCAUCUGGAGUGGCUCAAGUUUAUCAAGAAGGAAGAACUGCCUCAUCAGGUUUCCCUGAGUUACGGACUGACUCCGUACCGUGGAAGUGCUAGAAAUGUUAUUGGCCUUGAUGAGGUAUUCAGUGAAAGUGAUGAUCCAACAAGGUUUAAGUCCCUGCACUGCCUGCUGUACCCGUAUGUAGACCUGUGCAGUGGUCAUGUGAGGACAAGAAGAUAGUUAAGACUGAGAUUAUGUUUCUUUUGCAACUGUAAGCAACAUACUGGGUCGAUUGGACAUAGAGAACAGCAGUACAAUUGUAACGCUAACAGUACCAACCACUAUGUAAAAUGAUAACACCACACACAAUGAAAUGAUACUACAAAAAAUGUGAAAGGAUGAAGUAAUUUUUUUUUGUCGCAGAUAUUGGUUUUCAGAUACAUAGAAAAAAGUCAGUAUGCAGUUUAAAUAUGAUCAUAUUUUGUAUUACAUCAACAGUAGUUGGCCAAGGUCAGCUUGCAAUCUUUUUAAUGUCCAACAUUCCAUUGCUAUAUAAUGGGUUACUUCUGUAAAAAAUGAACAAUAAGUGAGAUAGAUCUAUUUCUUAGCACAAAUGUUUUUAGCUCAUUGGUAAAUAGGUAUUAAAUGUACAUACGAUGUAAUCUGCAAGCAGAAUUAUAGGGGACAAAGACAGUGUCCAAAUGGCUGAACAGAGGCUGAUUAAGUACUGUUGAGCUCUUUGGUUACUGACUUGCCCCUGAUAGAUCUGCUUGGAGAUAAUAUGUGAUGCACCACAAAAAUGCAUAUAUGUUGCAGUGGUUUCGUCUGUUAACUUGCUCAGCAUUUACAAACAUUGUUUUAGACCACUUUUUGUUUUGUUUGAUGUACAUAAGCUGCAUGAUUGUCGAAAAGCAGAGAUUAUCAUUUUCUAUGUAUGAAGUUGAGAUUAACUGCUGUAUGUAUAAAGUGCUGUAAAUGAUUCAGGUUUCAUCAUGCUUUUUAUUACCUUACUAGGCUAGAAUAGAUGUUAUUAUUAUUAAGUAUAUAGUAACUGCAGGUACAUUGCAACUACUUCUGAAAAGGACAGUUCAUAUUUUUCUGUAGUUUUUCUUACAGAAGGAUGCAAAUUAGGCUUUGAAACAUGAAAAGCACAAAUUAAUAGCCAGAUGUAAAAAUGGGUCCAUUUCGAACCUACUAAAUCUUAUGGUCUGCAAUUUGCAUAAAGCAAAGUGAUCUUCAUUUGAAUUCUGAGAUGUUCGCCCUCUAUUUUGCCACCCCACUAGUCGUUAAUUUAGUUUACCAUCCAAAAAUGAUGGUAUCACGAAGCAUUUACUGCCAGUUUGGCCUCAGGUAAGAGACAUGCUGUGAUCUAAAUUUACCAAAUGACAUCAGCAACCACAAGCGUUGUUUAUAGACAGUCAAGGACUAAAUUUGUGUGUUUCACCCCAUCUUUCUUAAAUUUUAGAAAAUUCUAACCUCAUCCGCUGCUUUCUUAAAUUUGUAAGAAAAAGGCAGGGCCAGAAUAUCUGUGUGGGAAAGAUAUACUAUUUACAACAGAAUUACAACAUGGGAGUUCUUAGCUACAGAACCAGCAUCUGCUGACACGGUCCAUUAAUGUAAACCAAAGGCUGGAUAGAAAGUUGAUUGUGCAGCUAAGAAUUUUAUUCAUAGAAUAAAAUGAUGUUAACUUUUAAGGGGACUAAGGAUUUGUCCAUGAACAGAGUUAAAGACAAAUAUUUGUGCUACACCAGUGCCUUAUAAGGUAUACCUUAGAGAAAUGCUUGUACAUACAGAGGACACUGUGCUGUGAUACUGUAUUUUAUCUCAAAUAAAAUGCCCAAUAUUUGUAAUUAUACAAGUUUAAUUCCUGAAAGUUUCUAUUUCAGGGUUCCUAUCACCCACUGAAUGUUCACCAAGUAUUGACAGCAUUUGUCAUGACACUUAGUGAUAGUAUGGUUGGUUUUUGCAGUGAAUGUUCAAGUCAUUUUAAGAGAAUGAAGUUUCAUAAUACAAUUGCAGGUUUUACAUAUUUUUAUGAGAUCCCAAGACAUGGUGGUGUAAGAAUGCAUCCCACUUUUUUUAGAAUGGAAUGACAAGAGUGAAAAGAGGUUUAUGAAGUGAGUACAGUUGUAUAAAGCUGCUUAGCACUACUUGUUACCGGCAUGAGUGGAUGAGUUUUGUAAAUAUUUUGCAUAGUUAAAUCCCACGACAGGCACAGUAUAUGAUGCUGAAACUUGGUUCAUAUUGAGCUGCUGAUGUCGGAUGACGAUGUAUUUUGUUUAUUUAUGAGAUUAAAAAGUUGAUUUUGACACACUA